ACAUUGCGUACGAGGAGGGUUGCGGAUUGCCUGGCUGGCACACACUCUUAUCCAGGUUGGUUUUUUAAUGAUCGCGCGCACAGGCAUGCUUCUCUCACGAGCCCGAACCCGUGCCAGUUGCCUGUUUUUGCGAGGCAGCUACCAUCCGCAGCGUACGAUCAGUCUGCACGGUGCCACGCAGCAACAGCAGCAGCAGCACUCCAGCCACGGUGGAUACCGACAGCAGAGCAGCUGGGAGCACCGGUCUAAGCAGGAGGGAGAUGACGAAAACCGGUGGAGCGCAGCGAGAAGUAUCGCCACAGUGUCCGGCGCGAUACUGGGGAUGCUCUCGUACCUUACCUACCAUCGCACGGUUCGCGAACGAUCCACGGAUUGCGCACUCUUCAGUCUGCCAACCGUUUCGGCCAUCGGGCUGACGCGUGAGAGUACCGAUAGCACCGAUACGGCCAAACCACCGAGUAGACGCCGACAGGAGCUGAACUUUAUCGCGGAUGCUGUCGAGGUAUCGGCACCGGCUGUCGUGUACAUCGAAAUCAAGGACACGCAGCGCGUCGACUACUAUACCCGCGAGCCACUGACCGUGUCGAACGGGUCCGGUUUCAUCAUCGAGCCGGACGGGCUGAUACUGACGAAUGCACACGUCGUGGUGAGCCAACCGUACACGGUCGUGACGGUGCGGCUGCAGGAUGGUCGCACCUUUCCGGGUGUGGUCGAGCACGUCGACCAGCGGUCGGAUCUGGCGACCGUGCGUAUCCAGUGCAGCGGGCUGCCAACGCUCCGGAUGGGCUGUUCGGGCGAUCUGCGUGUUGGCGAGUUUGUGAUCGCGCUCGGGAGUCCCCUAGCCCUGAGCAACACCGUGACGGCCGGUGUCGUCAGCUCAACGCACCGGGCCUCCGAGGAGAUUGGGUUGCGGGGCCGUGACAUCAACUACAUCCAGACGGACGCCGCCAUCACGUUCGGUAACUCGGGAGGGCCGCUCGUCAACCUCGAUGGCGAGGCGAUCGGCAUCAACAGCAUGAAGGUGACGGCUGGCAUCAGCUUCGCCAUUCCGAUCGACCAUGCCAAGGAGUUCCUGAAGCGGAUCGCUGAAUCCGGUGGCGAGAGAGCGGGCCGGACGGGUGUGUUCGGGUCGGAUGGUGCAAAGGGACGAUCGAAGCAGUAUCUCGGCAUCACAAUGCUCACCCUGACACCGGACAUUAUCGGUGAGCUGCAGCGCCGCAGCCCUACUUUCCCUGCUAACGUGCGCAGCGGCAUUCUGGUGUGGAAGGUGAUCCGUGGCUCGCCGGCACAUGCUGGCGGUAUCUCGCCGGGGGACGUCAUCACGCACAUCAACGGCAAGGAAAUCAAAUCCUCGAACGACGUGUACGACAUUCUCGCCCAGCAACUGCCGCUGCUGACCAUUUCGGUGUUUCGCGAUGGCCAGACGCUUACCGUGAAGGUGCUACCGGUGUCGCAGCGGUGAAGGGAGAAUGAGAAUGAGAGGCCGGACUAUA